CUCGCGUGCGCGUGCGCAUUACUUACGCAAUUCCCUUUUUGGCGUCCGCGUGUGGAAAAAUACCAGUUGAAAAAGCUCCUGUAAUUUCGCUUAUAUAUAACAAAUCAAGAUCAAAAUGCCUGAGGUUGAAAUCAAAAACGGAGAUGCUACAAAGGGUGCUGCCAUCUUCAAGCAGAAGUGUACCCAAUGCCACGUCAUAGAUAAUUCAGGCAAACACAAGCAAGGGCCCAAUCUAAUGGGGUUAUGGGGACGAAGAACGGGCCAAGCAGCAGGAUUUAGCUACACAGAUGCAAAUAAGAACAAAGGAGUAACGUGGGAGAGAAAGACAUUGUUCUCUUACCUGGAAAACCCUAAGAAAUACAUCCCAGGAACGAAGAUGGUCUUCGCUGGCUUGAAGAAGAAGAAGGAACGAGAAGAUCUUAUAUCAUACCUGGAAGCCGCCACACAGGGGAAAAUGUAACCUUUGAUGCAUCAUCUUACAACAUUUGACCUCUGAUGUCUAAGACAAUAUUUACUGUGCUGCCUUUACGCUUUUUGGUUUUUAUUUUAUGAAGUGAAAUUUUCAAGAUUUUCACAGUGCAUCUACAUCGAGCGGUUACUUAAUACCACAAGUCUAAAAAACCACGCUGAUCAUUACUGGCAAAACAAGGAAGAAAGCAUAUAUUAUUCCAGGAGCCGAUUUCACAAAGCACUAAAGAUUCAUCUUUACUUACAAUGAGUUGUUUGACAUAGUGUUGAGACAUACCACUUUGCUUAGCAAUUAAGCUGAUCAACCCAAACUGUUUGUGAAAUUGACCCCUGUAAUGUUUGAACAUGUACAUUACUUUAUAUUUAUGUUCUCUUGCUUUUAUGACUGUUAAUACAUAACAUAUCAAGUGGGUUUCUGUAUGACCUGACCACUCUUUCAUUCUGUAGCCACAACUUAUUCUUCUCUAAUUCUUGAAAUUGAUUUGUGAAUAAUUUAACGUAUUUGUGACAUAAGCUGGAUAAUAUUUAAAAGAUUUAUUUAUAUUAAGUACCUAGAUUUGGGGCAUUGUUCAUGUUAUUAAUCGUCGAACAAUUCUCAAUGAGAAAUGAAGUCAUUGUAGUUUUUGUCUUAAAUUAUCAGAGGUCAAACAAAAAAAUACUUGUGUGAAUAUACAGAUACUUUCCUAACGAUUAAUUAUAUUCCCUCCAGUUGAAACUGCUCCAAUAGACACUAUAUUGACAUAUACCUGUGAUAUAGUUUUACCGAUAGCAAUAUAACAGUCUUAUUGUAGCAACAGAUUCCAAACUGCUGUGAAAGAAUUUUUUAACAAGUAUUACAUUUGUGUGUGGAUUUGGUUGGUAUAUUAUUUGAAUUUUAUUUUGUGUUUUAUUUUUGAACUCACAAUUGAUUGCUGUAUAGACUGUAACGUUUAGGUACGGAGCCCCUGAAGGGAUUUAUGAUGAAAACAAAUGUACAUACGAAGUUAUAAUUUGAGUUCUUCAUUUAGAGCACUCAAAAGCAAUACGAGCACACAAAAUUAUUUGGCUGCUGUGCUUGAACUGUAAUUGCUCAAAAUAUUUUGUUGAGCACUUGCAAUAAAGAACUGAGAUGAUAUGUUGGUAUGUGAAUUUGCUUUCAUCAUUCGCCCUUUAGCGGCUCCAUACUUGGGUCCCAAUGCAUUUAGAGACUCUUGGUUUCACGUAAAUUAUUCCAUGUUGGAAUAUAUUUUUUAGAACACUUAAGUAUGAUGGAAAUAGUGGUACAUUACAAACAUGUAUUGCAAUAAUAUCUACCAACAAAAACAACUUAUUCAUACUUCCACUUGUUAUGAAGUUUGUGAUCUGACAAGACAUUGAAAGGAACUAGAUGCACCCGGUUAAAUCAAGCACUGUUCCUUUUUGAGUUUUCUUUUUCACAAGUUUUCCAGCAUUAUAGUUUCCAACAUUUUAAUAUUUACAAAGCAUAGUCUUACCUCCAUGUCAGUCAGUCUGAAAAUGGUUAUUUUGUUAAAUUUUAAUGUAUUUUUAACAAAAAUGAACAUUUUUCUAAUAGGGUUAGUCUCUAAUGUUGUCAUUUGAAUUAAUACCGAUGUGGGUUCCAUUACUAUUAGAUCUAAAACCUCAAAAUAAUAUCUAGAUUGAACGAGUUAAUUCCCCUCAACUAGUUUAUAGCAUCAGUUAUAAUUCAAGAAUCUGAAGCUACGUGAACCACUGGACCGACCGGAAUAAAGUUUCCAUCUACCUUGUCAUUUUCAAUAUUUAAUAGCUGAUUUUUUAGCAAUACUUGUAUUACCCAAAUGUUGACAUUAAGUUCGAAAAUAAAGACAACUUUUCAUGGUUGUUUGAUUGAGAUUUUA